AUGCAGCUUCGAUUCCCAUUACCGGUAGGGUACUUUGCCAAGUUUGACUUGCUUUCGAAUGAAGUGCAUCACUAUCGGACGCUAGCGAGCGAAAUUGUCCGGGAGACAAAGGGAGAUUUGGAACACUACGUUAAGGAAGGUCGCAACCUCAUCGAAGGACAAACGUGGAAGCUCGCCAAGUCAAAGGAACGUCUGCAUUGCUAUCGAAAGCGUAAUGCUCAAGCUUCGCUCGGGCUUCACGGCAAUGCAGGAUCUGGAUCUGGUGGAGAUGACUCGAUCAGUGUUCCUUCUCGUUCGCGUCCGUCAGUUAGUAGCACGCGUGCUCGUAGUUAUUCUGGUCACGAAAGCGUGGACGGUUUGUCGAACUGGUCCUCAAACGACGGCGAGCUGAGUCGUAAGGGCAUGAAACCGACUGUGAUCGGCUAUGGCAUUGUGGACGGCAACAUGGACGACUUAGUUUAUGGUCUGUACCAGUCGUCGACCGACGAGAUGAAGACGCUGGCGGCUUUUCUGGGCGACGAUUCGCUGAUUGAUUGCGCAGUGCUAAACACUAUAAGGCAGACACGUUCAUCAUAUCUUGGACUAAAGUGGAAGCUAUCUCGUACGGUAGGUGGCAACCGAGACUGCUGUUACAUGGAUUAUAUCGGCGUAUCGAUGGAUGCCAACGGCCAGCGCUUUGGAUACCACGUCCUGGAGUCUGUCGUCGUUCGCAACUGCCCUCAGUUUGAUGACAACUCUAUCGUUCGCACCAAUGUGUCCUUGUGCUUUAUCUUCCGACCAGGAAGAUUGUCGGAUCAGGUAGAAGUGUUUAUGGAAGGCGCCUACGACUCAUCGGCUGAUGUACUCACGGCUGGAGGUGUAGGCGACUAUCGCAGCACGAUGGAUAUGCUGUUUAACCUUCCGUCUGCAUUGAUAGGAGCCGAGGCGAAGAAGAUUUCUGCCAUGGUAGCUAUUCAGUCUGGAGCUCUGCGUGGCUCGAGCAGCAAGAACCAGAGUGGCAACCACUGCUCUAUCUGUCGGGCAAAGUCAAAUUUGUUGUUCUCACGCUUUAACUGCCAGACAUGCGGCGCAAACGUAUGUAGCAGGUGUCGCGUCCGGAAGGUGACGUUCUCUCAUCGAGGCAAUAUUAAGAUCUCUUGCUGCAAGAUGUGCCUGGUCAUGGUCAAGGACCAAUCGCCAUUUGCCGGCGAACAGCUUGAUGAGCAGCCGGCAAAGCCAAAGAAGGUGUUUUGUAAGGAUAGCAGCAGUAGAAACGGCAGCACGAGCAGCAAUAGCAUCAGCCUUGAUGAAGUCAAUGCCUCCGUCACGACGAUGUCCCUCACCGACUCCGAGUUCUCGUUGUCGUCCCAGUCGUGGCAAUCCAAUUCACUGUCGUCAUUGCAGUCGGACCACGACGACAGCUUCUACAGUUCGAAUGACCCUAGUGCUGCAAUAGUUCCGCUUGAUCGCAAGAUGCCAGCGCUAAUGGAAAGUGAAAUGUCACCGCGCGCACCUAUGACCUACCAGAUCGAGCAGCAGCGGAUAAAGCAGAACGCUAACUGGAGUAUUCCGAGUCGGCGACAGCCUGCUACCCGCGAGGAUCUGUACAAUCAAAUGCUAGAGCUUCAGAUGCAAGCUGAGCGGGCCUACAACCUGACCAACCAGAACGCUAAUAUGAUGAAUUCGGGGCGAUAG